CUGCAUGUGCAGAGUCUCAAAUAGAAAUCCGAAACACCGACACCGGGAGGGACCGGGGGCUCUGUGAGAGGGAGAGGAGCGUGUGGGACCGGGCACCGGACACAAGACGAGGAUGGGUGACAAAGUAGAGCAUGAGGCAAGCUUCUACUCCAAUGCGGAGGACUACUGGAGGGAGGUCCCCCCCACAGUGGACGGCAUGCUGGGAGGCUACGGCAGCAUCUCCAGCAUCGACAUCAAUGGAUCCAAGGCUUUCCUGCAGAAGUUCCUUGGUGAAGGGGAAGGGAAGACGGGUACGGGCUGCGCUCUGGACUGUGGAGCAGGCAUCGGGAGGAUCACCAAACGGUUACUGCUGCCUCUGUUCAAGGCCGUGGACCUGGUGGACGUGACGCAGGAGUUCCUGGACAAAGCCAAGACUUACCUGGGAGAGGACGGCAAGAGAGUGGGUAACUACCUCUGCUGCGGCCUGCAGGACUUUGUACCAGAGAAUGGACGCUAUGAUGUCAUCUGGAUCCAGUGGGUCAUUGGCCACCUGACAGACGACCACCUGGUGGACUUCCUGCGACGUUGCCAGAAGGCGCUGCGGCCCAACGGCCUCAUCGUCAUUAAGGACAAUGUGUCAUAUGAGGGCGUGGUCCCUGAUGAGGUGGACAGCAGCGUCUGCCGCGACCUUGAAAUAGUUCACAGUCUUGUAGGCAGAGCGGGACUCCGCAUCAUCCACGAGGAGCAACAAAUGAACUUCCCAAAGGAGAUCUACCAGGUCCACACACUGGCUCUCAGAUAGGACUGUCCCUUCUGCAGGGGGACAGAAGAGAAUCGGCCUUGUAUGCACAGUGAUUUUUAAUGAUGCUUUUCCAGUCAGAAGUCCUUGUAUGAUCUGUUAGGAAAUGAUCUGCAGUGGCAUGUGUUUGUGGAGUGUCCUGUUGACUCCACGCGUCGCUCUUCUGCUCCGUAUUGCUGAGUCAUCUCUUCUGGGCGACCACGCCUUAAAGUAUGGCCACAUCACACUUCUGUCUUACAAAUACUUGCUCCGUCUCCCAUUCAAGGUGGAAAAAAAUUCAAGGAUGCACUUCCUUUGUCAAGCGGGAUCACAGAUCCAAGAAAAACUUUGGCGCUCUGGAUAUGCACAAUCAGCUAACAGAAACUGGUGGAGAAGUCCUUGUCUUACUGCUGAGUCGUCACCAGACUACAAACUACAGCAUCACUCUUCAGACUGUCAUGGCUUUAUGUAUUACCCAGGUUGGAACUCGGCUCCGGUGCCCACUUGAAGCAUUUUAGAGUCAGACACAUUUGUAGUUCUACUGAGUUGUUUUAUGGACAUUUCUUACAGCUUAUUGAAAAUGUGUUUGCAGAUCAUCGUGGUAACAGACACUUUGUUGCUGUAUUUUACUGGUUUUAAUUAGGAAUGCCUCAAUCAACUUCUUUUUGGCUGUAAUCCCAAUCUUUAAUAUUUGGUACUGCUGAUACCGAGUCUCAACUGAUACUUAUAUUUACAUGAAUGCUGAUUAAAUGUAUCUGACAUUGGAAAAAUG